UCAGUUGGCCGACAUUUCGGUUGUUUUGAUUUCUCUGACAGACAGUAAUUCUCAUUUGAACGCAUUGUCAAUUUAAAUUUGAAUGUAGACACACACAUUUCGCUUUUCAACGUCAAAGAAGAACGGCUGUGCAGGUGUACAAUAAGGAAAUGGCCAAGACAUGUCAACGCCUCAAGCUGCUGCUUAGCAUUGCGUUACUGCUGGGAUUGCUCGUCGAUAGCGCAUUCAGCUCAGCGCCCGAGACGGGUCCAACGAAUCGUCGUGAACAAUUGCUCGCCACAAUGAUUGAGGAAUAUUUGCAGUUGACCGACUAUGAAUUGGUGCAAAGCAAGGCGCUCAUCCAGAGUGUUUUGGCCGAUGCGGAAGUUCGGCUACUGCAAAGCGAUCUCAUGGAGGCUGAACGUCGCAUUAUGGAGAAUUUCGUGCGGCAAGUCAACGAUAAAGAGCAGGAAGAGCCACCGGCACGCAACAAUUUAGCCAACCGCUUAUUCUAUCUCAUAGCGAAAUCGUUGAUUUAUCAGGAAUUCGAAGCAAUACUGAGACGACAUGACACCACAAAUCCGCGUCGUAAGUUUAUGCCCGAAAAUCAUAUAAUGGAACGUGCGCUGAAGCGACAUGGACUGGAGAAUUUGCAGCGUAGGCUGUCGCGUAAACAAAUCCAAUUUAUGAAUGAUUUCGUCAAGGAAGUCGACACUUAUUUGGCGCAUUUGACGCCCGAGCAGCGCGGCAGAGAUGAGGUGGAGGCGGAGAAAAUGGUGGAAUGGUCAGCGAAAAUGAAGACCGAAAACGAUGUCGCGCUGAGAAUGGAGAAUUUCAAAGAGUUUAUGCGAUUUUUUGUUAAAUUCUAAAAUAUAUUUCGAGAAUUACUUAAAUUAAA